CCCAGCCAAACCUUCAAGCAUGAAUAAGAAGCCAAAAAUUGACCCGCGAGAACGAACAACCAGUGAGGACCUCAACAUGUACAGCACUCAGAUGCAAAUCAUGGGCCUCAAAAAGGAAAUCGAGGUCAUACUCAAGUCCAAUAUUUCAGAAGUAACCAAAUAAAUUUGAACUAGACCAAAAGGAGACCAAGGACUGGGUCUCCCAGACCUUCAAGGAAUAUUUAGGGGAUGGAACCAGUAGCACAAAGUUCGUACCAACAGAGAUUCUCAAAACCAAAGCGAAUGAAAGCGAUGUGCUCAAGAUGAAGCGGUCAAUCUCGCAAAUCAACUACCAGCUUGAAAAAGGAUUCGAAGCAAUUAUUCUAAGCUCACGGAACGAGAUAAAAGCAGCAAUCAUGAACAGUGCUACUCAGGAUGACUUCUCUUACCUUAAACAGACCACUGCGACCAAAGAUGAUCUUGCUCAGCUUCGACAAGAGCUUAUUGACAGGAUGCAGCAGAUGGAAAGAAGAACCCAGACUGACAUCACCUUCACAGAGGAAUCCCAAGAAUCUGAAGAGAACAUCGACGAUGUACUCUCCAUCAACCAGAGAGACGAACUCCUUGAUGAGGAAAACAUGGCUGCACUUGACGAGGAGUUCAAAAGAGGAGAAAGUUGGAAGACAGAUGCCGAGCAAAUGAAGCAUUUUAAACCCACUCCAGAGAUGAAGCAGACUAUUGAGGACAUACCAAACAAGAAGGAAGUAAUCAUCUCAAAAUUUGAAGCUCAAAAAGAAGAUAUUCAAAGCAUUCCUCUAAAAUCUAAUCUUUCUAACAAAGAGCCAGUGACAGGCUCUCAGUUCAACUCAGGAGAAAGUUUUGAUUCACAUGGAGGAUAUAUCAGAGGUAUACAGGAAAACAGGUAUGUCGACCCUCACGGCCAGAAAACUCCAACUGAAUACAGCUUUGGUAGUUCAUUCUACCAGAAAUAUCAAAAUAGGCUGAAAGGCAACAAGAGGAGCACUAAGGCAACUCUGAGGUACCUACAAGUACAGAUCAACGAAAUGUCGGCUAAACUGGUAGAAAAUAUCAACUCUACAGAGCUCAUGCGGGAUAGAGUUUUUAACGUAGCAAAGCUCGAGGAAGAUUGCGAACUGAUAUCUAGCAGCUUCAAUGAGCUCAGGUCCAGAUGCUCCGACAUUGACGAAGACUACAAACAUAUUGUGGAAUACUACGAAUUCAGUAAGAAGCAGCAUGAAGAUAUCCUCAAAUUCUUACACAAAACUGAGAAAUCUCUUAAAGAAAAUGAUGGAAAAAUGGCUCAAAUUUUUCAAGUUGAGCAAAAGGAGAAGCAAGGCAAGCUCCAAGCCAUCGUUAGUGCCAAUACCGACAAAAUUCAGCAACUAGUUGAUAAAGACACAUCUAUCUUCCAGCCUAUGAGUGAGAAGGUCAAGGCACUCACGGAAGGACUUCUCAAAGCUGAAGAAAAGAUUGAUGAUACCAUCAAGGAGGUGAUAAACAUCGACAAUAAGUACCUCCUCAAGUCUGAGAUUUAUGAGGAAAAACUUGACGAAAUUCAAAGGCCAUUACAAAGACAGAUGAUCACCACAUUUAAGCAGAUCAGUACAGUUUUCAUGGCUGUUUUUGAGCAUCUGAAGUACCUCAUGUUUGGCCAAGAAGGUGGCAGAGACAAAGAUUAUAAGAAAAUAAUCAGAGAAUUUUACGAAGUUAUGAACGAACAACAAUUUAUUGACUCACAACUUAAAACAGAUUUGUUGAGCAAAACGUCCCAAAUCCUGCUAGAUUUCCAUGACAGUUGUCCGAAAGAGAGAGAGGGACUUAAACAGAGGUUCAGACCCUCAACAACGGAUGAAAAGGGCUCAAGGAAACCUAAGUUAUCUAACUCAGGCCCGUUUAGCAUGAAGUCAUCUCCUAACAGAAUCAAUGAUGAACUUUUCAGCCAGCCUAGUGGGUCUCCAAAUAUAGUAGAUUUAAAGUUAACAACAGACAUAAAGCAGGAUAUUCACAAUAAGCAGAGAGAAUCUCAGGUUAGACAGGAAUGGAAUGAAGGCUUUUCAAAAGGAAUUCUUCCCAACAAAAGGAGGUUGAAUUCUAAAAAGAUGACCAAUAGACCUAAGACUACUCAUAACCACAUCAGAUCCUACAGAAAUCCUCGAAUUGGGUUCCAGAGAAUUAACUCAACUAGUAACAGUAAGCUAAAGAGUCAGGCGACCACCAAAAGUAGGACUGGGCCAAAGUCAAAUCAGUCAAAUGCCAAAAUGCCAAAUUCAAAAUACAAGAUCAAUGAAGUAGAGAAUAAGAUCCGGAUAGAUAACUUUGAGAAGGAAGACCAGUCCUACGGAAGUAAUGGACUCGCUCAAAGCGAGCUCCUGAUUAGGUCAAAUGUGCAGUAUGCUGAGAAACCCAGUUCAAAGAAAAUUAUCCUCCAUAGGUUCAAACAUCUGUUUAAAGAUGGAGAAGAACUUGACACAGCUGUUAAUGUCACAAGCAGUAAUUUUGAGCAUUCCUUAAUCAAUGACCACGAAAAGGGCAGAAAUAGGCAUAAAUUUAGAAGCAGCUCCACUCAUGGAAGGAUCACGGCCAAUCGGCUGAGCAAGCCAUAAAGCAUACUUAGAAUCAAGAUUCAAUU